UUUGCAUUGGAAGCAUUGGACACUACUAUGGUAAUAUUCUAUUCAGAUGCAUUGACUUCUCCAAGCAUAAAUGAUUUAAAUAUGAUUUCUCUUGUUUAUUUUUUUGUCGUCUCACUGUGCGUCACUUACAGUGAAGCAUCACCUGGGAGUACAAAGCUUGCCUAGUCUACCAUCCCCAGUAAUGCAUUAUUCCGAGUUGAAGGGACCAUCUCUAUCUUGAAGAUGCUGCAGAAUAGGUUUAUCUACAAGCUACCAUUCGAUGGAGGAAUAGAAAGUGGACAUGAUAAUACAUCUUGGUUCUACUCCAAAAGGAUUAUGAAGUGGACAGUGCUUUUCCCCCAGAUGUGAAGACUUAAGUAUGCAUGUUCUUCAUAAGAAAUGUAAAAACAUGUUUCUGUGCAGAUUUUCUGCCAAAGCCAACUCGAAAGUUAGUAGGCUAAACUGAAAACAUAUUUGAUUAUAUUCUGGACAUGAAACUGAAGUUUAUGAGCCGACUGUAUGUGGAUCACCGGGCAUCAGUGACAACAAGUUGAGACGGUUAAAAGCAAAACAAUAGUCAUUCUCCGCGCGUCAGGCAGCUUGGAGCAGUUUAUACAGUCGUGUGGCCAACAGUCCGGGUGCGCGUUUAGGAAAUGGAGCGAAAUAACGAAUUCAUGUUUCUUUGGAUGUGUAUUAUUUUUCGUGUCGGCAUCCGAUUAUAAAUGUAAUGGGAAUACAAACAGAGAUAGCAAGUCAAACAUGAGUGUUGAGAAACAUGGCUUAUGUUAUAUUUUCCUAUGCGUAAUGGACAAAUAACAUUAGCUACAGAGAAGCACCCUCGUUUACAGGGCCAUAGACGGCUGUAGUGAUGAUUUCAGCUGGGGGAGUGAUCACAGGCCAUCUUGCUGCACUGAAGAGGCAGGACUCUGCCCGCUCCCAGCACCACCUGCCCAUCCAGUCCCCAGCCCCAGGAGAGAUCCAGGAGAAGAGGAAGGCCAGGCGUAAAACCCGGGCCGACGUGGUGGUGGUCAGGGGAAAAAUCCGCCUCUACUCUGCCUCUGGGUUCUUCCUCAUCCUGGGUGUGUUGAUCCUGAUGGUGGGUGUUGCCAUGGCCGUGCUGGGCUACUGGCCACACACAGAUCCCCUUGUAGCGGCCAACACCAAGCUAUCCACCAAUGACACCAGGGUGACCCAGGAGCAGGGCGGUAAGCUGAUCCAGUUUUUUGAGCAGCACCUGCACUCUGAGAAGAUGAAGAUGCUGGGGCCGUUCACCAUGGGUAUUGGUAUCUUCAUCUUCAUCUGUGCCAAUGCCAUCCUGCAUGAAAACAGGGACCGGGAGACCAAGGUGAUCCACAUGAGAGACAUGUAUUCCACCGUCAUCGACAUCCACAGCCUGCGGAUCAAAGAGCACAAGUACAUGAACGGGGCCUACUCAGGCCCAUAUGGGGAGCAUGAGGUCAGGACCUAUGAGAACCAGUGUGCCUCCAAGCUAGCUGCUAACACCCUGCUCGGGUUCCCCGGUGUGGGGAACGACGUGAGGGUGUCACGCAGGACCAGCUCUACGGAGAACGAGGAGGGUCUUCUCAACGAGGCCAAAGGGGGGCAUGGCCUCCUUCCUUCAUUCUGCAGAGAGCGCUCUGGCUCCAUCUUUGGCUUGCAGCAUGAAGGCAGUCGCCAUGAGAAGAGCAACUUCCCCAAGAGAUGCCAGACCAGGUCCAUCGUCUCGUCCUCCAUCAGCGCUUUUACCCUGCCUGUCAUUAAGCUCAACAACUGUGUGAUCGAUGAGCCUGACAUGGACAACAUUACAGAGGACUUGGAGCACAUGAGGGUUAGGUCCAGACCCGCCUCUAUGCAGUCCCUUUCCCUGUCUGUGCCUGUCCCGGCGGACAUCGCCAAAGCUUACAAACCCCCUGGUGUCAUGCUCCUCAGGAGCAACUCGGCCACAGAGUCCCACACUGUGUCCUCUUGUAGCUCUCUGUCCCCAGGUUCUGCCAGUGGGAGCUACCUGUCCCCCGGGGCGGCCCGGAAGGACUUUGGCUCCAACAACUCACUCCACAUGCUGUCUUCUCACUCCAAGUCUCUGGACCUGGAUCGAAGGCCCACUACCCUGACAGUGAAGCCAGAGCAGAGGAAACAUCCCAGCUGGCCCCGACUGGACCGCAGCAACAGUAAAGGCUACAUGAAGCUGGAGAACAAGGAGGAUCCUAUGGACAGACUGCAGCUGCCCCAGGUAGCAGUCAAACGGGAUUACACCAAGAAAGAGAAACUGCUCAUGAUCUCCAGGUCUCACAAUAACCUCAGCUUUGAACAUGAUGAGCAGUUCAUGAGCAACACUAUGAAACGAGGGAGCUCGGAGACCAGGUUUUAAACUCUUACAAAGCCUGGUCCCAGAUGUUUGUAUUGUCUUGCAAAAAUGACCAUACAGAUGUAGGAUCUUAAUUUGAGCCAGUUAGCUACAGCAGGAAAUAUUCUUGCAGUACCAGGAAAUGUGCAUUAUAAUUAAUGGCCAUUUUUUUUGUAGGGGUUGAUACAUUUUUCAGUAGGGCAAAUCAAGUCUGACAUUUUAAAGUGGACAUUGGUAACUUUAGAAGCCUUUUUAAACCUUGAAUAUACUACAACUUUGUAUUUCCUGCUAGGCAGAAAAAUUCUCAGCAACAAAUGAUUGAUCAAAUUAAGAUUCGACAUCUGUAGGAGUUGGCAAGACAGCACAAACCGAUCUGAGACCAGACUGUAAAUGGUCCACUACUUGGACCUAACUCUAACAAUGGUGUUUCUUUGUGUGACAUGAUCCUUCUGCAAUUCACAAUUCAAGCUGUUCACUGUCAGUGUUGAAUAGUUAAUUGUAAGUGUGAUUACAUGUUGUUUUGGGAUGACGCGCUCAGGUAGUCCGUCUGUUUGCAAUGAGUCUAAAGAAAGAGGGGCUGUGUCACACACGGUGAGAUUAUUGCAGCGCAAAUCAAUUUGUACAAAAUGUUGAAAUUAGGUUCAAGGUGAACUUGAUACAGAAAUCAAUAUGACUAAAAUGUGGUUUAUUUUUCUCGUCUUUGCAUUGUUGCAACAGGCAGUUUUGUUUGUUUAAACUGGUCAGUGUACGAACCAGAGUUGGCUAGAUAUUUUGCUAUGGAGCUUUUAAUAAUGUAAUGUUCUCUACAAACACUAUUUUUUUUUAAAUAAAAGAGUUAACCUGUAAAUGUAGUUUACCCAUUUCUCAGAAUAAAAUGAAGCUUUUCAGUGAG